AUGCCACCCAACCUGACAGCCUCCUUCGGGAGUCACGACACAGAGCCCGAGAAUGGGCCACCAGGGAGCCCUCACAGAGGCGCGGAGUCGCCAUCCGUGGCGAAUAGUCGGCACUGCGACAUUCCGGAGACGAGUCACUCAGAACUCCCGGAAGAGAAGAAUGAGGAGAUUCGGAGUCACUACGAGGUCCUCGGAGUCCCCACAGAUGCCUCACCUGAGGAAAUUCGGCGCAUCUACUACGGCCUCUGUAAAGUCUAUCAUCCUGACAAGUCCUCCAGCAGCGUGUAUGCAACGCGCCUUUGCGCCAUCCAGCAGGCGUACACAGUCUUGUCCGACGAGACGAAGCGGCUGCUCUACGACAUUCGGAUUGGCGUCUACAAAGGCAAAGACAAAUGGACAAAAGUCGCAGAAGUGUAUCAGAUUCAGCGGGAGCGUGCGGCACGCGACAUUGAAAAUAUGCGAAUUGACUACCAGACAAAGUUGGAGCACGAAAGCAAAGUCGGAGGUCUGAUCAUCCGAAAGGCCUUGUACGGAAACCUGCGACUCCGCCGGAGCUUGCUGGAACAGGAGUACACGGACGGCAAACCCAAAAGUCUUCUGUUGCUGUCUUCAGGCCCGAUUCGCGAAGACUGUCUCGAAGGCCCCUUCCUCAAUGUCACGAUUCCUUUGCAGGUCCACGAACACGACGUUUGUCUCUACGUCCUCUACGACUUUAGGGGAGUGUUGCACGAGGUGACGGUUUGCGACCGCUCCUACUUGGCGAUUCCCUUGAAAAGCCACCGAGUGUCUCCGGCGACGGGUCCCCGCGGGCCUUAUGCCCCGUCGAAUGUCCUCUCUCUGCGCGCACGCUGGAACGAAAAAACCACGGCGAGACAUUCCCUCGACAGCGGUGCGCAAAAGCUCCAGUCUCUCGGGGAAGCAAAGCAACGCGAACUCGCCCUACGGGAAGAGCAAAAAAUGCGGGACCGCAGACUUGGAUGUUUCCUUCUCUGGAGCUCGAUCUUCACGUGGUCAGGCCUCUUUCUGUACGCGAGUGCCUACGACAAGGAGAAGGCGAGGUCGUUCAUCUCACGGGCCAUUGGCGACGGCGCAGCGACGCGAUGUGCGAUCCUCCUGCCUCCGACGCUCUCCCCCUCGAUCCGGGAGGCCUGGCUGCGGAUUCUGCGAUUCGAGUUCCUCUCCGCGAUGUGGCCCUUCACUGUCUUGCGGAACUGGGCACUUGCGGACAGGGGUAGCGGCCAGUUGACAGGAGUCGACGCGUUUCCCAAGUGA